UCUAAACCCACCUAACGUUCCAAAAGCCAACCACCAAUCGUAGGUCUUCUUCUUCUUAUUCUUCUUCUUCUUCUUCUUCUAUCCCUCUCAUAUCCCCCAAAUCCUCAGGACCCAGAAUUCCUUACGCACUGUUAUUUGUAUAAACAGCAUUUGUUUUGACAAGUUGCAGAAUAUAAACGAUGGAGGCCGUUCAGUUCAAGUUCCUCGUGCCCCUCCUCCUUGUGCUCUGUCUGGUUGUGCCUUUGACCCUCGCAACCGACGUCAAGUACUGCGAUAAGAAUGCGGACUAUGAUGUCAAGGUCAAAGGGGUUGAGAUAAUCCCGAAUCCUGUAGCGAGAGGCCAGCCGGCUACCUUCAGCAUCUCUGCCUAUUCAGGGAAAGCUAUCUCCGGAGGAAAAAUGGUGAUCGACGUUUCAUAUUUUGGAUGGCACAUCCACAGUGAGACUCAUGACCUUUGCGGAGAGACAUCUUGCCCUAUUUCUACUGGAGAUUUUGUGGUUUCUCACUCACAAGAUUUACCUGGAUUCACUCCACCGGGCUCAUAUUCCCUUAAAAUGAAGAUGUAUGAUGCAGCCAAAAAGGAGUUGACAUGCAUUAAUUUCGAUUUUGACAUCGGCUUUGCAUCGUCUUUGGCUGAUAGCUAAGUGCUUCCAAGAAUGAUUCUCCAAGUCUCCAUAAUCGCCAUAUGAGUAGCAUGUAAAAACUUAAAAAGAAAUUAUACUUUCAAACUUCACUUUCCUAUUGCUAUCUGAUGUAUAAUUAUAUGACUGUCUCUUCUACUUGGCAGACUAUUGGGAAGUUAAUCCCAUGGUAUGUAUGAUAAACUGUUCUUGCAUGCA